AUGUGUGUGGCAGUGCCAGGAAGCAGUGGCUAUUACAGCAGUCUGGCCACAGUGACCGUGACCAAUACGGCGACGAACACAGCUGGUGCGCCCCUGCGUCCUACCACAAACACGGUCACCACUCUAACAACUACAGGUACCGCUGCUUCAACAGUCCCUUAUCAGACCCCAGUAGGCACAGGUGGAGCUGUCCUCACAGGUCCUGUGGCAGAAUCAAGUGGCGGAGGUCUGAGUGGUGGCGCCAUUGCUGGCAUCGUCAUUGGUGUCAUCGCUGGUAUCAUCCUGCUCUUCCUCUUAUGCCUCUGCUGCUGCGCCAAAGGUCUUAUCGACGGCUUUCUCGGAAUCUUCGGCCUCGGUCCUCGGCGUCGAAGAAGGCGUGAGGAAGUGGAGGUAUAUGAGGAAAGACAUCACCAUGGCGGCCGUACGUGGUAUGGUGCACAACGACCUGAGACCACAGUGGUCAAUGAGAAACGCAAACAAAGCGGACUUGGCGGAUUUGGAAAAGCUGCUGUAUUCCUUGGUGGUCUGGCAGCCAUCCUGGGUCUGAAGAGGAGGAAAGAUCACAGGGACGACAAGAGUAGUAGCGGAUACAGCUAUUACGACUCGGAAUAUUACACAAGCAGUAUUCGUCAGCAGGCAGAACAAGAGGUAGCCGAUCGAGGUCGAGAUCUAGGAGAUAAAACACUGGAGAAAUUGCUGCUGUAUAUACUUUUGUAG